CGGGCCGGGGACAAGCCCCGCGGGGUGCCCGCACCAUGGCAACGCACGGCGCGUCACGUAGGCCCCGCUCUACCGCUUCCGGUUACCCUCUCACCCCAAGAUGGCGGCGCCCGUGGGACCCGUGAAGUUUUGGAAGCCGGGCACGGAAGGUCCUGGUGUCAGUGUCUCAGAGGAGAGACAGAAUCCUGCUGAGAGCAGUAGCAUAUCUGUCAUCUAUAAUCCUUAUGCUUCCCUUUCUAUUGAACAACAAAGACAAAAGCUGCCUAUUUUUAAGUUAAGAAAUCACAUUCUGUAUCUAGUGGAGAACUAUCAAACUCUGGUGCUUGUUGGGGAAACAGGCUGUGGGAAAUCAACCCAGAUUCCACAAUACCUAGCAGAAGCUGGCUGGGCAGCUGAAGGAAGAGUUGUUGGAGUGACGCAGCCUCGUCGGGUUGCUGCUGUUUCAAUUGCAAGCAGAGUUGCUGAUGAAAGAGGUGCAGUGCUGGGGCAUGAAGUUGGAUAUUGUAUUCGGUUUGAUGACUGCACGGAUCCACAAGCUACAAGAAUUAAGUUUCUAACUGAUGGUAUGCUGGUGAGGGAGAUGAUGGCUGAUCCUUUAUUAACAAGAUAUAGUGUCCUCAUGCUGGAUGAAGCCCAUGAAAGGACUCUUUAUACAGAUAUUGCCAUUGGCUUACUGAGAAAGAUUCAGAAGAAGCGUGGGGAUCUUCGACUGAUUGUGGCUUCAGCCACCUUGGAUGCAGAGAAAUUCAAGAAUUUCUUUAAUCAAAAUGAUACUGGUGACCCCAGCAAAGAUACCAGCGUGAUACUUACUGUGGAAGGGAGAACGUUUCCAGUGGACAUCUUUUACAUACAGAGUCCUGUUCCAGAUUAUGUAAAAUCAACUGUGGAAACUGCAAUGAAAAUUCACCAGAUGGAGAAUGAUGGUGAUAUACUGGCAUUUUUAACUGGGCAGGAGGAAGUGGAGACUGUUGUUUCCAUGCUCAUAGAACAGGCUCGGGCCCUCUCUCGCACUGGAAUGAAAAGACACCUUCGUGUUCUCCCCAUGUAUGCUGGACUGCCUUCUCCUGAGCAGAUGAAAGUGUUUGAGAGAGUUUCUCACAAUGUCAGGAAGGUGGUAGUUGCCACCAACGUUGCAGAGACCUCCAUCACGGUUCGCGGAAUCGUAUUCGUAAUUGAUUGUGGGUUUGUGAAGCUUCGUGCAUAUAACCCCAAAACAGCCAUUGAAUGUCUUGUGGUGGUUCCAGUCUCUAAGGCUUCAGCUAAUCAGAGAGCAGGACGUGCAGGACGGAACCGCUCUGGUAAAUGUUACAGGCUUUAUACAGAGGAGGACUUUGAAAAGUUGCCAAAGUCCACUGUUCCCGAGAUGCAGCGUAGUAACCUUGCACCCGUCAUCUUGCAGCUGAAGGCUUUGGGAAUCGACAAUGUGCUCAGGUUCCCCUUUCUUUCACCACCUCCUGCCCAGUCAAUGGUGCAAGCUUUAGAACUGCUGUAUGCCUUAGGAGCUCCAUCUUGCAAAGGAGGGUUUUGCUUCAGGCACUCGGUUCUUGGCAACCUUUCCAAGCUUGGAAUAAGGACCUUCACAGUGGCUCAGAAGCAUGUUUCAAAGAUGAAUUCACAGCCAAAAACACCUGGGGAGGUGGAGAGGGAAGGUUUGGAUAUGCACUGCCGUUUAACAGAGCCUCUUGGAAUGAGAAUAGCAGAGUUUCCUUUGAAUCCUAUGUUUGCAAAGAUGCUUCUGGAAUCAGGAAAUUUUGGCUGCUCCCAGGAGAUUUUGACAAUUGCUGCCAUGAUGCAGAUUCAGAACAUCUUUGUGAUCCCUCCAAAUCAAAAGUCUCAGGCUGCCAGGCGACACAGAAAGUUUGCUGUGGAAGAGGGUGAUCAUCUCACUAUGCUUAAUGUGUAUGAAGCCUUUGUCAAACACAGCAAGAGCUCUCAGUGGUGUCAGGAGCACUUUCUGAACUACAAAGGGCUUGUAAGAGCUUCUGUUGUAAGAGAGCAGCUGAAAAAGCUUCUUGUCCGCUUUAAAGUGCCAAAGAAGUCUAGUGAAGGUGAUCCAGAUCCUGUUUUGAGAUGCAUAGUUUCUGGAUUCUUUGCAAACGCAGCUAAAUUCCACUCUACUGGAGCUUACAGGACUAUCCGUGAUGACCAGGAACUUCAUAUCCACCCCACGUCAGUGUUGUAUGCAGAGAAACCUCCACGCUGGGUAGUCUACAAUGAAGUCAUACAGACUGCGAAAUAUUACAUGAGAGAUGUGACUGCUGUAGAAUCUGCAUGGCUCUUGGAACUGGCACCUCAUUUUUACCAGCAAGUAGCAGUACAGGAUCAGCAUAAAGCCCAAAUGCAUCUUUCCUUGACAGCAAAACGGGCUAAAGUAGGAGACCAGUGAUUUGACAUGACUUAAGUCUUCUGUCAUCAGAUGCAGAGCCUACCAGUGAUUUGAAGCUGGCUACAGUCCCUUCAGGAGUCAGUUCAUUAGCAAUUUGAUUUUCCAUCAACUUAAAUGUUUAAAUGCCUGCCAGGAUCUGUAGGGGUUUAUGCAUGACCAGCACAUUGUAAACCUAUGUAGAGCUUG